AUGAAGUUCCUCAACAUUCUCCAAUUGAUCUCUCUGGUCGCAGCAGCCUCCAAUGAUACAACACCCACUGUGCCCGUAGAGGUCAAGAUUGAACAAGUUGGAACCACAGCUUUCAAGGCCACUGUUCAGAGUCACCAUACCGCCGACCUAAAGCUUCUGAAGACCGGCAGUAUUCUAGACGAGUCAGCUGUUGAGAAAGCCACCGUUCUCUCCGGAGAAAAUGUGAUUGAAUUCCAAGGAGUUCGGUUGUACAUCAACUACAUGAACCUCACUGACUCGUCCUUUGUCAACCUCCCUGCCAAUGGAGCACUAGAGAGUACCUUUGACGUGGCUACAUACCACGACCUCUCCGCUGGUGGCGACUUCCAGGUUGAUGCGUCUGGAUUCAUCCAAUACGCCGAGGGUUCAAAUGAGAUUGCCGGUGUCAUCCCCUACGAGUCCACCUUUACCAUCAAGGUGGAUGGCCCUGAAGCAAAGAGCAAGCUCUCGGUUUUUCAGGAUGACCCCCAGGUUUUUGGACGCGCCAAGGUCAAUCGCAACACUUGCAAGGGCGAGAAGCUCACCAAAGCCAAGAACGCCCUCUCCCUCUGCAACAAGAACGCCAAAGCCGCCGCAAAGGCAGCCAGGAGCGGACCCGAGCGCAGGAUGAAGGAGUACUUCAAGUCAGCCACCUCCGCCACCCGAAAGCAAGUAGCUGGAGUCUUUGACGCCAUCGCAAAGGAGUGCAGCACCAACAACAGCGGCAAGAUCUCCUUUAGCUGUGCCAACACCAACUUCUGCAAGAGCAACCCUGGUGUUGUCGCUUACGCUUCCGGCAUGAAUACUGUGUUCUGCCCCGCGUGGUACAGCCAGCCAGUCAACGGCCCCUGUCACCAGGGCGACAGGGCGAGUGUCAUCCUGCACGAGUUCAGCCAUAGUCUCAAGGGCACCCAGGACUUCAACGCCUAUGGUUAUGCCGCGGUUCGUCGACUUCCUGCCAGCAAGAACAUCAAGCACGCCGACACCUACACCUACUUCUCCAACGCGGUUGAGGUCAACUGCUAA